UCUGGGAAACGCUCGUGCAGAAGGGAAGCAAGAGAGAGUCAUCACGCGAAUGUUUGGAAUUCCACUUCCGUUUUGUGGAAUUCAAGAAGUCUCCACGACUUUAAAUCAGCUUCUCGCUCUGCACGUCUAGAUAAGAGGCGCUAAUCAAAUGGCUUCUUCGCCGCAAAAAUCACCGUCCUCGCCGAAGUCGCCUUCCUCCAGGAAAAAAGAUGAGACUUUUCUUGGAAAAAUUGGAGGGACUUUAGCAAGAAGGAAAAAGGCAAAAGAAGUGUCUGAGCUCCAGGAGGAGGGAAUGAAUGCCAUUAACCUGCCCCUCAGCCCAACUCCAUUUGAGCUGGACCCCGAAGACACUAUGCUUGAUGAGAAUGAAGUCCGUACCAUGGUUGAUCCCAACUCAAGAAAUGAUCCCAAACUACAAGAGCUAUUGAAGGUGCUUAUUGACUGGAUCAAUGACGUGUUGGUGGGAGAGAGAAUCAUUGUUAAGGAUCUAGCUGAGGACCUCUAUGAUGGGCAGGUUCUUCAAAAACUCUUUGAGAACCUGGAAGGAGAGAAGCUGAAUGUGGCUGAGGUGACUCAGUGUGAGAUCGCUCAGAAACAGAAGCUGCAGACGGUUCUGGAAAAGAUCAAUGACACUCUCAAAGUUUCCUCAAGGAACAUUAAAUGGAACGUUGACUCUGUUCAUGCCAAGAACAUUGUGGCCAUUCUUCACCUGCUGGUGGCUCUUUCUCAGCAUUUCCGGGCCCCCAUCAGACUGCCAGACCACGUGUCCAUUCAAGUUGUAGUGGUUCAGAAACGAGAGGGAAUACUUCAAUCUCGGCAGAUUCAGGAGGAAAUUACAGGCAACAUAGGGGCAUUGUCUGGAAGAUAUGAGCGAGACGCCUUUGAUACCCUUUUUGACCACGCGCCAGAUAAACUGAAUGUGGUGAAAAAGACUCUUGUUACAUUUGUGAACAAGCACUUAAACAAGUUGAACCUGGAGGUGUCAGAGCUGGAAACCCAGUUUGCUGAUGGCGUGUACCUGGUCUUACUGAUGGGACUCCUCGAAGGAUACUUUGUGCCCCUCUACAACUUCUUCCUCAUCCCUGAAAAUUUUGAUCAUAAGGUGCACAAUGUCUCAUUUUCCUUUGAGCUGAUGCAAGAUGGCAAUAUGGAGAAGCCGAAGCCCAGGCCAGAAGAUAUUGUCAACUGUGACCUGAAGUCCACGCUGAGAGUCCUCUACAACCUCUUCACCAAGUACAGGAACGUGGAGUGAGAGAGAAUCUCUACCAGACAGAGAUGUCCAAAAUGCUCAAUAUAAAGAUAUCACAUUCUUAUCAGUAUUAUCUUUAUAUAUAUAUAUAUAUAUAUAUAUAUAUAUAUAUAUAUAUAUAUAUAUAUAUAUAUAUAUAUAUAUAUUUAU